CAUUCUGAUGACAAAUGGUUGUUGAUUUCAAUUUUCGUUGCUACGAGAUCACAGCUGAAACGAUGGCGUCUGGUGAGGGAACAGGGGAAAUAGCGACUGCUGAUAAGGCACCAGAAAAGGACUUUCGACGGCAACUAAACUAUCCUCUCGUUAGAAAUUCUGAUAUGAAUGAAGAGUUGAAAACGGAAGCAAUGGAAUUGUGUGUUACAGCAGCGGAGAAGUAUUCUACGAACAACGAGGCAGCAGCGAAAAUGGUAAAAGAAACCAUGGAUAAGAAGUUUGGUCAGGCAUGGCACGUUGUCAUCGGUGAAGGGUUUGCAUUCGAGAUCACUCACGAAAUGAAGAAUCUUCUGUACAUGUUCUUCGGAGGCAACCAGGCUAUCCUAGUGUGGAAGUGUUCAUAACAGACUCUGACAAUAAGCAGAUAAUUACAUGUUGCUCAUACAUUUAUUAAUUAAAGAAAUCAUUCGAAGAGUGCCA